AAUACGAGUGGAAGCCAUCUUGAACGUUUGGUUGACAAGACUCUUUCGUAGUCAGCUAAAAAGAAAUUAGUACACCUUAUAAACACUGCAAAGAGAACCGAUUAUUGAAGUUAUCCAAGGGUUGGAGAAACCUGAGAGGACGCAGCGGCUCAGUGACGCUACACAAGAUGGCCAGAUAAACAAGCCAACACUUGAGAGCUAGCAAAGCCUUCUGGUAUAUGAUAUUACAUGUGACAAUGGCAGAUUACUUUAAUGCUAAGAACUGAUUUGCUUCGUAAAUCCGUGUUUCGAAGAUAUCUGAAAAUUAAAUGGGGGGGGGGAUUUGUUUAUUUUGACCCUUGAUGUCCCAGAAACUGCAACGUUGUUGUGGAACCUGCUGUGACAGGAUUUGAACAAUUUACAUUUGGAUGAUAAAAAGUCUCAAGAGGGAAGGACAUUCUUAAGUUUUGAGUGGUUCCAGCCGACUGGACUCACUUCAUUUAGAAACAUUUCAUAGCUAUUUGAGCAGAAAAGCUAAGUAGACAUGAGUACCGCCAGGACAGAGCACCCAGUGAUUUUGGGCUUGUCCAACCAGAAUGGACAGCUCAGAGGCUCAGUUAAGCCUGCUGGAGCACCAGGUGGAAGUGGAGGAGGUCCUCAACAACAGCAACUUAAUCAGAUGAAAGGCACAAUCAACAAUGGUAACUCCCAACUGGCCCCGGCAACCAAUUCUGUCAUCAAGCCUGGAGAUGACUGGAAGAAAAGUUUGAAGUUGCCCCCAAAAGACACUAGGAUGAGAACUUCGGAUGUGACUGCAACUAAAGGCAACGAGUUUGAAGAUUAUUGCCUAAAGAGAGAGCUGCUCAUGGGAAUCUUUGAGAUGGGCUGGGAAAAGCCGUCUCCAAUCCAGGAGGAAAGCAUUCCCAUUGCACUGUCAGGAAGGGAUAUCUUGGCCAGAGCCAAAAAUGGCACGGGAAAGAGUGGAGCCUACCUCAUUCCCUUACUUGAACGCAUUGACCUGAAGAGGGACUUCAUACAAGCUGUGGUCAUCGUGCCCACCCGAGAACUGGCUCUGCAAGUAAGCCAAAUAUGUAUCCAGGUCAGCAAACACAUGGGUGGAGUAAAGGUAAUGGCAACCACAGGUGGAACCAACCUACGUGACGACAUCAUGAGACUCGAUGAAACGGUACAUGUGAUCAUUGCCACUCCUGGGAGAAUUUUAGACCUCAUCAAGAAAGGAGUGGCCAAAGUCAAUCAAGUGCAGAUGGUCGUUCUGGAUGAAGCUGACAAACUGCUGUCUCAGGACUUUGUGCUUAUGAUGGAGGACAUGCUAAGCUUCCUGCCCAAACAGAGGCAAAUCCUGCUUUAUUCUGCAACCUUCCCUAUCAGCGUUCAGAAGUUUAUGAAUGCACACUUGCAGAAACCCUAUGAGAUCAACCUGAUGGAGGAGCUGACACUGAAGGGUGUGACUCAGUAUUACGCUUAUGUAACUGAAAGGCAAAAAGUCCACUGCCUUAACACCUUGUUCUCCAGGCUCCAGAUCAACCAGUCAAUAAUCUUCUGCAACUCCUCUCAGAGAGUGGAACUCCUUGCCAAGAAGAUCUCCCAGCUUGGUUAUUCAUGUUUCUACAUUCAUGCCAAGAUGAGACAGGAGCAUCGCAACCGUGUGUUCCACGACUUCAGAAAUGGCCUCUGCCGGAAUCUCGUCUGCACUGACCUCUUCACAAGAGGAAUUGACAUUCAGGCUGUGAAUGUUGUGAUCAAUUUCGACUUUCCCAAGCUGGGAGAAACGUACCUUCAUCGCAUCGGUAGAUCUGGCCGCUUUGGACACUUGGGUCUGGCCAUCAACCUCAUCACUUACGAUGAUCGCUUCAACCUGAAGGGGAUUGAGGAGCAGCUCGGAACGGAGAUCAAGCCCAUCCCCGGCAUCAUCGACAAGAGCCUCUAUGUGGCCGAGUACCACAGCGAGAGUGGCGAAGAAGUCAAGCCAUGAGCCAAUCAGUCACACCUCCAUUCCCCUUUGUAUCUUUCUUUUUUUCAUCCCCCCUUGUCUUGGAGUUCUCGUUUUUUAUUUUUUUUUUAUGUACAGUUUCUGUCCGUCUUCCUAUUUUGGAUGCCACCAUAAGGAAUGUGUAUCUUGAUGGAACGCGUUUCGGAAGAACUCAUUUGCCUUUUUACGGGGCUCUGUGCUGCACCAACACACCCUGAAGACAUGAGCACCGGGAGGAAAGCACGGGACCAAGUCGAAAAUGUAUCAAUGCACAUUGUGAAGAUUCAUAUCCACCAAUGACGCGAAGCCAGCACCAACAGACCGCUAUACGACACCCUCCAUUCUCCGUGUUUUUAUUUUGGGAAGUUUUAACCAAUUUGUAUCAAGUGCCUUAACAAGCAGAUCAACUCGUUCUAAAGUAAUAACCCUUCAUUAUCCGUCAUCCUGCUCACGUCAUACCACACACUCACGUUCGCCUAAUUGAAAAUUUGUUCCACUAGUUUAAUGUCCGACCACGUAGGUGAAGUCAUAACUGUUUUUUGGUUGGGUCAUCCUUUUUUGCAAGGAGUGGAGAUGAACAGGAAGGAGGCCGGUCUGAAUGAUCCUUUUUUUGCUGGCUUGGCUGCACUUUGAGUCUGGCUGAUGAACAAGGACAAACUUGGAUGUUCCACGGACAGAGAUGCUGGAUUUAGUUUCAAGAGACAGCCAGACUGUCCGGUUGCUUGUUGUAGAAGCUUGAGCUUCUAAGAGACCCAGAUCCUUUCCUCCGUCUUCAGCUUCAGAACACUAAAAACGAAUAAGCAGCCUCUCCACACCACGAGUCAUGAGGAUUCCUGCUUCGGUGGAGUUUAAUUGUGUGGGAACGCAUUUUUCUUUCUUUUCUGUUUUUCUGUGUCCUGUGUUUCACCUUCCUAUGGAUGGCCAUACUUUAUUCUGCGAGAUGUGCAGCCAACAUGUGGGCGGCACCUUAAACCCUGUGUAUAUACCUUAAUUUUAAGAUUGUUUUAAACAAGUUCAAAAGGCUGGCCAACAAACUGAAAAGACCCCCCCCCCCCCCCCCUCUCUUGUUAGCACUGGAGACUGUUUUCUUAACUUGGUUUGUUAGAUUUGCAAUAUUGGCCUGUGAAUUUAUUUAUAAUUUUAGAAAUUGCAGAGUUUAUUAGAAUCUAAAACACUUAAAGGAGCUUGUGCAUGAAAUUUCUUUUGGAGGCAGAGUUCACUACUAAUCUUUAGCCCCUUCCAUUGAUGGAGAGUGCACUUCUUCAAAGCUGCACUUAAACAGGAGAUUGUUUCAAUUGUCACCCGUAUUCUCCUGCUACCAGUGUUAACACAUGUUCAGUCUAGACAUUUGAGUAAUGAAUUCUUUGUUGUCACCAGCCUUAACUUGUGCAACUGACUCUUGAGACGCACUCUAAAGCUCUCCAGUUAUAGUGAGUGUUGUUAUUGGAAGAGAAAAUAAUAUUCUAUCAUGUAGUAGUACUACUCGCUCUCGCAGUGCAGCCAAAUUGGCAGAGAAUUUAUUUUCCGGGGGAGGUAUUAGCUGUUACGUUCUGUGUGCUCUUUAAGCGCAGCUGCAUCACUUUACAAAUGUCGAGGCGAAAGCUGUGGAGUUCUGUUCCCCCUUUUUGAAGAAAGUUUGCCAAAUGCAUCAAAAUGAACCAUCUGACCUAGAAAUGUACCAGGAAUUCACUCUCUGUGCAUUCCAAGUUAGCUGGCUUUAUUAAACACAGCUAACCAAAAACGCCUCAUUUAAAAUAUAAUAAAAACAACCCGAGCAGGUUGGGCUGCACUUAACGCACAGAGAGAUGGGUUCAGUGCAAUAACGCUGACUGCACUGCUUUUUCUGCACCCAUGAGGCCCAAAUGGGGAGAAAAGUGUGACGCAGAACAUCUAAAAAAAACAACAAAGAAAUGGCACAGAGGGGGAACGGCCAUCAAGGAUUGCAUAUUACUAUUAGUCGGACUGCUUGUUUAGAAAAUAUCGUGGGCGCCUCGGACUGCUGAGUUCAUGGCUUAUUUCUCUGCCCUUUAUUGUGUUAUCUGGGGUUUGGAAUACAGAUGUUUUUAUGCAACAUGAUGACCUCGUUCUGCGUUAAGUUCCUCUGACCACUCGUUUGAUCAGCUGGAACCUUUUUGCGAAUGAGGUUCCCUUUGUUAUGGUGAGAUGCUCUCUAGACUGUUCUAAUCAAUGAGAAGUAGUAUUGCACAUUUAAUUUAAUGUCUUUUAAAAAAAAAAAAUUAAUCCAAAUUGUGUAACAAUGUUGAUCAGUUUAAAAAUUCCCUUUUUUAUUUCUCAUUGGUUAGGACUGAUCCCUGUCCUCUCGGCUCUAUAGUUGUCCCCUGAAUACUUGUACAUCUAAUUUGGCUGGUCUGGGUUUGGGUGGGUGGGAGGUCUGUAUUUGUUAAACAUAUUCAAAUUAAAUGAAGGGUUAGCUGAGUGAACAGGGAUCUCAUUGUGCAGGCGCUUGGCAGCUGCCUGACUCUUGUCAGCCACUGGCAGUAAUCGCCACAGCAAAUGCUCUCGGAGCGAAAAUUGACGAUCCCUCAAGAUGUAGUGUAUCGCUUCGUCUUGAUGGAAUGCUGCUUUGCUGCCAGUGGCUGCCAUCUUGAAAACCUUAAAGACUGAGACAAGAGCAUCUUGCCCCAGAUUGGGCGACUUAAUUGGAGAGUUUAGUAACUAAAUUGUCUCAUUCUUUAAGGGUUGUUUUUUUUUUUUUUUUUUUUAAUUCGUGGGGUGGCUAAAUUAAUGCUCUUGCUGCCCUGAUGCACAUGUUCAUCCUCUCUCGAUAGUUCUGAAACAUUUACGAAAACACAGCUUUUGUGUACAAUCUGGCCGUUUAUCUGUGGAGGAUGUGGGAGGAGUCUGUUUGGGAUUCCUUUCAAAACUGAUGCAUCAGUGAAACAAAAUGGGGAGGAGCCUUUGGGCCAUAAAACAAGAUCUAAAGUUCCAAAGUUAUGUUAAUGGGUAUAAAAAGGUUUGAAAAAGUUGCCCAUCUUUUUUUUUUUUCAAGUGAAACGUUCAAGUGGAGUUAACCUUAUUUAAAAAGUCUCCAAAUUUAAGGAAGGAUUUAAAGCCUGAGUUCAUAUUUUAUUUAAUGGAAAUUUGGUCGUUAUUUAAUUGGCAAAUUUUUCAGUGACGCUAAUUUUACAAUGGACUUAAGUUUAAAAAAAAAUGUCAUGAAUAUUAUUGGAUUCGAUUGAAACUUUUGUUGAUAAUAAAGCUCACUGAAAUUUA